ACAAAUCACAAAGAGUAAGAUUUAGGAAGUGGCAAAGUAUAGCCCUAUAAUCUUUCUCUUGUGUAUAAUCACUUUGACAACCACAACGUCUGAUUUAUUGCUUCUUGGAAUGGAAUGGAAUGGAAAUUGAUAUAGUGAUAUAGAUGGGAAAAGUUUUCUGAUUUUAUUCUGCGGCAUUUGACUAAUAUUUCGUCCCACAGCCGCUGUCGUCGAUGUCCGUCCCUGCCAUUUGCGCCGCCUCUUCACAGAUUCUCAAUCUGCUUAGGGCCUGCACAAACAUCCACAACCUCAAACAAGUCCACACCCAUAUAAUCUGCAAAGGCUUAGAACAAGACCACAUCAUCAUAACUCAGUUCAUCUCUCACUGCAACUCCUUCUCCUCCAGCGUCGCCUAUGCCACCAGAGUCUUUGAGCGCGUUCUUCACCCCAACAUCUACCUCUGGAACUCGCUCAUCAAAGGGUACUCUGAACAUUCAUCUCUUGCCCAGUCCUUGUCACUUUUCAACCAAAUGAAAAAAUGUUUAGACGUGAUUCCGGAUGGAUAUACAUUCACUUCGCUUAUCAAGGCGUGUUCAAAUGUGCUGGCUUUGAGAGAUGGGCAGGCUGUUCAUGGGUUGGUAGUCAGGUAUGGGACCGAUAAUAAUGUGUUUGUUGGUUCGACAUUGAUUGAUUUUUACGGCAAGUGUAAAGAAAUUGAGUGUGCGCGUAAGUUGUUUGAUGAAAUGCCUGUGAAAAAUGAAGUGUCUUGGACUGCUAUUAUUGUUGGGUAUGUGAAUAUUGGUGACUUUUUGGAAGCUCAGAAACUGUUUAAUGAAAUGCCCAAGAAAAAUCUAGUGUCAUGGAAUGUGAUGAUUAGUGCAUUUGUGAAGUUUGGGGAUCUGAAUACUGCCAAGAGACUGUUUGAUGGAAUGCCAGAAAGGAAUGUGGUUUCUUUUACGACUAUGAUUGAUGGAUUUGCAAAGGUUGGUGACAUGGUGUCUGCAAGGUUUUUGUUUGAUCAGUCUUCCGAAAGGGAUAUAGUUUCCUGGUCUGCUAUGAUAUCGGGGUAUGCUCAGAAUGGACAACCUGAUGAGGCUGUGAAAUUGUUCUUUGAAAUGAUGUCUUUACAUUGUAGACCAGAUAAAUUUGUUAUGGUCAGUUUGAUGUCUGCUUGCUCCCAAAUAGGAUGUUUGGAUCUGGCCAGACGGGUGGAUUCUUACAUUAAGCAAAGCUCAUUUGAUCUCCACCAACCUCAUGUUGCUGCUGCUCUUGUAGAUAUGAAUGCAAAAUGUGGAAAUAUGGACAGAGCAAUGACUUUGUUUGAGGAGAUACCUAAGCGUGAUGUAAUUUUGUAUUGUUCAUUGAUGCAAGCACUUUCUGUUCAUGGCCGUGGUGAAGAGGCUGUUGGGCUGUUCGAUAGGAUGCUAGGUGAAGGGUUAGUUCCUGAUGGUGUAGCCUUCACUGUGAUUUUGACAGCAUGUAGCCGUGGAGGACUUGUUGAAGAGGGUUUUCGUUUUUUUGACUCUAUGAUAAAGGAAUACUCUCUAAAGCCUUCUCCUGACCAUUAUGCAUGCAUGGUUGACCUUCUUGGACGGUCAGGAAAGCUCAAAGCUGCUUAUAACCUAAUUAGAGCAAUGCCCAUAGAGACCUAUGCUGGAGCUUGGGGUGCACUUCUUGGGGCUUGUAAGCUACAUUCUGAUAUUGAAUUAGGUGAGGAGAUAGCGCGCAAGCUUUUUGAACUUGAGCCUCUCAAUGCGGGAAAUUAUGUGCUCUUGUCAGACAUCUAUGCUGCAUCAGAUAGGUGGUUAGAUGUUUCAUAUUUGAGGGAUAAAAUGUGUGAGAGGGGUAUUCGGAAGAUACCUGGUCGCAGUUGGGUAUAGGUAUAGACAUGGAUUGGCCCUAUAACCUCUGUUGCUAUUUCUAGAAUGGACUUGGUACAGUAUUCUAUUCAAGUCAUUGCUAGGAAGUUUUAGUUUAUAGAUUGUGAGCAAUGAAAUAUUGAAAUUGUUUUACAAAAUGUGGAAAGCAAAUGACCUUCUCAAUGGGGUACUUCAUUUUGGUAAAAUUUUAUAAGAGAAGAAACACGAUGUGCAUGGUAAUCAGUAACCACUGUGUUUCCAUAGUGAUGACAAUUAUUGGCUACCAUGCUACUUCCACAUUCAAGAUGCUGCAUGUUAAGGUAAUUGGUCAUGCACCCUAUCGACAUGGUGAUUUUUUUAUUUUUCUUUUUAUUUUUAAAUUUAAAUCAAACAAGUUUUAAACUAAGAAUAUAUUUGAGAAAAUACAGUGUUGCAAAAAUCGCGGCCAGGCGGUCUAGGCGCCCCGGCCGAACCGUCCCAAACCUGUUUUUUUUUUUUUUUUUUGGGUUAUUCGCCAAAAUGACGUCGAAUAUCCCAAAAAAAAAAAAAAAUUAAAUCGCGAUUUCUGACCCUGAAGCCAAACCAGUCGAAACCCUUCCUAGUCGAGUCACACACCCUCACAGCCUCACCCUCCGCCUCCGCCAGCCAACGCUCGCACCUCUGCCGCCCGGUCCCUCCGCCGCGACGCCGCCCAGUCCCUCCACAUCCGGCCUCCGCUAGCCAACGCUCACAGAGUCAUAGACUCACAGGGGCAAUUAAGAAGGAUAUUUGCUGAUAUGACCAAUUGUAUUCUCUAGGACAGCAUUCAUAAAGCUACAUCACAUUAAAAUAUUAAGCAAUUGAGAAAGGCAAGCCAACAUUAAAUACUGCAGACGAGUAGAAAAAUGGUUCAAUCAUUGCUUUGGAAGUCACAAAAAUGUACAAGGUUAAAUAUUGGGGCCUGCAGCACUGAAGACACAGAGCUUUGGGUAGCCUUGAUUCUUGAAGGAUAUGUACCUCUUCACCUCUUGGGAUUUGGGUUUGCAUAAUGCCAUUGUUGGAUGUGACUCUAGUGAAUUGGCCAAGUGGUUAGUUAAUGAACAAAAUGCUCGUGGCGCCCACCUUGUGUAAGCGGCUAAUGGUUCAGGAUUAGGGUGUUCGGAUAAUGUACGUCUUUAAGGAACAAAAUAGAGUCGUUGAUUUCUUGGUUGCAAAUUGCUUUGUCACGAUUGGGGUUUGAGAACUUUGGUGGACCUUGUGUAAGAGUAAGAUAAACACCUUGCUACAUUACACAAGUUAUUUAACUUGUUAUCCAUAUGCAA